AUGUCGCUCGAGCAGACAAAGCCCGUGGUUUACUUGUCCGAUGUGGAGCCCCCUCCCAAGGUUCUGAGCCUUUGGGAGAGGCGGAAACAUAGCCAGGCAUCUCUGAUAGUCCAAUUCAUCGCUGAAGCUACCGGAACAUUCAUGUAUACCUAUCCUGGGGUGGGAGCCACAGCUGCGUGGCUCAUGGGCAAUACCCUCCAAAUAACGAACCUCGGCAGUGGUUUCCAGAUCGGUAUGGGAUAUUCGGUCGGUGUCGCGAUGGCACUUAUAAUAUGUCUGCCUACGUCUCGCGGCCAUCUCAAUCCGGCCUUUACGAUCUACUCUAUACUCAUGAGAAAAUGCAGCGUCCAACGGGGCUUCAUGCUGAUCGUAGCACAGAUUCUUGGAUCGUACAUCGCGUGUCUACUCAUUUAUUUGCAGUACCACAAUCUCAUUUCACCGGUCGUUGCUGGCCUCAAAGCGAAGGGGGAGUACGACGCCGUCAUGUUCACCCCGCAAGGUCCCGCCGGGAUCCUUGCUCUCUACGCCAACCCUACAGCCAACCUGGGGUACAUCUUCCUCAACGAAUUUGUCUGCGACUUCUUCAUUGCGAUCGUUAUCGUGGCUGGCUUCGAUCCCACGAACCGGUUUUGCCCACCCGCGGUGAUGCCAUGGAUGAUUGGUCUCUCAUACGGUAUCAUGAUCUGGGGCUUCGCAGGGGUUGGUUUAUCUGCAAACUCGGCGCGCGAUAUCGGUGGGCGUAUUGCCGCACUCAGCAUCUGGGGGAUGAAGGCUGGCGGCGGGCAUUAUGCCGCCAUUGCAGCGCUGACGAACAUCCCAGCGACAAUCGCGGGCGGCCUCUUCUACGAAUUCGUGCUUGGCGACCAUAGCCGCACAAUCUCCGAUGAGCACUGCGACAUCAUCACUGCCAACAAGGCCCACGAAGAACGCAUCCGCAGUGGAGGCGCGUUGGCCUUUGCUUCGCUUGAUGGUAUGAUGGAGUCCAAGGAGGACGCCGAGAUGGGCAAAGUCUAA